GAAAAUAACGCUCACAACACGCUUAAGCUUGUUUGAAUAUUUUAUUUUAUUAGGGGAAAAAAUAAUUUAAGCUAUGUGCUAGCUCCAACGACGAUUUACACAGUUGUUGUUCCAAUGGCUUCUUCGGAUGCUCAAAUGGAGAAAAUGAAAUUCCGUCAAAACUAUCAGAAUCACUGGCACACUGAUCUUCUCCGUGCUCCGCAGUCGGAUCCUCUCUUUUGCUGCUUUUCGCUUUGGUGCGGUCCUUGUGCAUCGUACAUUCUCAGAAAACGAGCUCUAUACAAUGAUAUGUCAAGGUAUACAUGUUGUGGAGGCUAUAUGCCCUGUAGUGGCAGAUGUGGAGAAAGUCAUUGCCCUGAGUUGUGUCUUUGUACAGAGGUUUUUCUUUGCUUUGCAAAUUCAGUUGCCUCAACACGCUUUAUGUUGCAAGACGAGUUCAAUCUUCAGACAACAAAAUGCGAUAAUUGUAUAAUUGGAUUUAUGUUUUGUCUCCAGCAGGUAGCAUGUAUAUUUAGCUGCAUUGCUUGUAUUACAGGAAAUGAUGAACUUCAAGAGGCUUCUCGGGUUCUGAAUUGUUGUUCGGACAUGGUUUACUGCACGGUUUGCAGUUGUAUGCAGACUCAACACAAGGUUGAAAUGAACAAAAGAGAUGGAAAGUUUGGUGCAAGGCCAACAACAGCACCUCCUAUUCAACAUAUGUCUCGUUUGGAUCAGCCUCUUCCUCCAACCAUUGCAUAUUCACCUCAACAGCCACAAUCAUACCCACCCCCACCCCAGCAACCCUAUGGAUACCCACCACAACAACAACCACCCAUGUACCCUCCACCUCCAUUGCAACAUCAUGGCUAUCCUCCACCCAAUUAUGCUCCAAGUGGUACUGUUGGGUACCCUCCACCUGGUUAUCCACGCUAAAAUUAAUAUUUAAAGCAUAAUACAUAAACCUAUCAUUUAAUUUGGCCUCAGCUAUCGUUUAUGUCCCACUGUGAAAUGGUUUAAGGUUUAAUACAUAAAUGUAUCAUUUAAUUGGCAUCAGCUGUCAUUUAUGGCACACCAUGAAUGUUUUCAAUUCAUUUUCUUCUUUUUGUAAAAUUCAUUGAUCUCUCUUUGCAAUAAAGGACAGCUUGUGAAACCUUAGUUGUUGCAUUGUAAUUACAUGUUAGGAAAUAAAAUUUAUCAAAUUUGUAUUAUGGCUACCUCUUAGGUUGUUUUUUGUAUACAAGCCAAUAUUGCUAAUCCAAUGGCUUGACCAAUACAUUCCUCUUAUAGAUGUAUUCUUUUUUUGAUUAUUAAUAUAUGAGGUAGCAGUGCAGAACUAGAGGCUGGAUAUGGGUUUGAUAGAAUUCAGUAAUGUUAGAUCAAACAAUGUAUUUUAUAUUAAAUAUUUAUUAAAAGUAUACAAAUAUUAAAUUUAGAAUC